AUGAGCGCGACGACGAAGCAGAUGGUCAAGCCGACCAACAUCAUCUACCGCUACAUGAAGGAAGGCCAGCGCGUGUGCGUGUGGCUCGUGCACGACACGCAGAUGAAGAUCGAGGGCACGCUCCUUGGCUACGAUGAGUUCAUGAACGUCGUGCUCGGGGACGCGGCGGAGGUGCACACCAAGACGAAGGAGGUGGUGCCGCUGGGAAAGCUACUUCUCCGCAGCAGCAACGUUGGCGUCAUUCAUCCCAUCGGUGUGUAG